AGUCGGCCGCCGGCGCCGCCACCGACAGCAGCUCAGCCCAGUCGAGCCCAGCUCACCCGCCGGGUGCAGCCGUCACCAGCGCACCGUCCACCAGCCGGCAGAGCGCGGCCGAGCGCGGAGAUGAGGGUUUCUCUGAUGAUCAUCCUGUGCGUCGCUGCCGCCACGGCACAUCGACACAGAAGGAGUCUAAUCGGCGAGCUCGGGAGCACAGAGGGCGACGCUAAGCCGACGAUCGCGGGCGAUGAGGCAGACAGCAGUCAGGAAGACCUAAAAAAUGGUCACACAUACGGCACGCCAGAGGAUCCUGAGAGCACUGAGGAUGAAACUGGCGGUGACACCGGUCUACCGACGAAGGAAAACAGUGAGAAGCUGAAGUCUGUCGACAACCAGAACAAUGCCGACAAAUUGGAAUCUGCUGACGUGAAGGUCGAGGGCAAGGACCAAACGCCAAACGAGAUCGAAAAUAACGUAGAAUUAUCAGAGACUAACGUCAAGGCCGAGGAAAAAAUCGAUGAAGUCCCUCAAAACAAUCGUCCAGAGCCACCCACUCCAGCAGAGGACAGAAUCUUUGAGGAGACUUCUGAUGAUACCAAUUUAGGCGAGGACCAGCAGGCUGCGGAGGGAAAGCCCUUUGUGACGCUGGCCGAUAGACUGAAGCGGGGCUAUGAAGAGGAUCUGGCCGUGGCCCAGCUGACCGCAGGGUACGGCUUCAAGAAGGGUUCGGGGACGGGCAGCGAGGCUGGAGCCGGCCAGCGCCGCCAGGGAGGACGGCGGGGCGCCGCGCAGAGGGGAUCCGGUCGGAGGCCGGCCCCCGUCAGAGGCUACCGAGAGGGACCCGUCCAGGCGGGAGGUCACAGCGGAGGACAGGGCGCCGACAGAGGCUACAGUGGAGCUCAGAAUCCAGUCCAAAGUUAUAACGGACCCCAGGAGCCCCCUGCAAGCUACAAUGGACCAAAGACGACUCCGGAGGGUUAUAAUGAACCUCAGGAACCUAUUGGAGGUUACAAUGGACCCCCACAGCCUUCUGGGGACUAUAAUGGACCCCAGGAACCUGCUGGAAACUAUAAUGAGCCCCAGGAGCCUGCUGGAGGUUACAAUGGACCCCAGGAACCUGCUGGAAACUACAACGGACCCCAGGAACAACUCGGAGGUUAUAACGGACCCCAGGAGCCUGUUGGAAACUACAACGAGCCCCAGGAGCCUGCUGGAGGUUACAACGGACCCCAGGAUCCUGCUGGAGGUUACAAUGGACCCAAGGAGCCUGUCGGAGACUACAACGGACCGCAGGAGCCUGCCGUCGGAUACAAAGGACCCCAGGAACAGCUUGGAGGUUAUAACGAACCCCACGAGCUUGUUAGAGGUAACAACGGACCCCAGGAACAACUCGGAGGUUAUAACGGACCCCAGGAGCCUGCAGGAGGUUACAAUGGACCACAGGAGCCUGUCGGAAACUACAACGGACCUCAGGAGCCUGCUGGAGGUUACAAAGGACCCCACGAACAGCUUGGAGGUUACAAUGGACCACAGGAGCCUGCUGUAGGAUACAACGGACCUCAGGAGCCUGCUGGUAGUUACAACGGACUCCAGGAACAGCUUGGAGGUUAUAACGGACCCCAGGAGACUGCUGGACGUUACAAUGGACCACAGGAGCCUGUUGGAGGUUACAACGGACCCCAGGAACAACCCAGAGGUUAUAACGGACCCCAGGAGACUGCUGGACGUUACAAUGGACCACAGGAGCCUGUUGGAGGAUACAAAGAAUCCCAGGAACAGCUUGGAGGUUACAACGGACCACAGGAGCCUGCUGGAGGUUACAACGGACCCCAGGAACAACUCGGAGGUUACAAUGGACCACAGGAGCCUGUCGGAAACUACAACGGACCUCAGGAGCCUGCAGGAGGUUACAACGGACCCCAGGAGCCUGCUGGAGGUUACACUGGAUCACAGGAGCCUGUAGGAAACUACAACGGGCCCCAGGAGCCUGCUGGAGGUUACAAUGGACCACAGGAGCCUGCUGGAGGUUACAACGGACCCCAGGAACAACCCAGAGGUUAUAACGGACCCCAGGAGCCUGCUGGAGGUUACAAUGAACCUCGGGAGCCUGCUGUAGGAUACAACGGACUCCAGGAACAACUUGGAGGUUAUAACGGACCCCAGGAGACUGUUGGACGUUACAAUGGACCACAGGAGCCUGCUGGAGGAUACAAAGAACCCCAGGAACAGCUUGAAGGUUACAACGGACCACAGGAGCCUGCUGGAGGCUACAACGGACCCCAGGAACAGCUCGGAGGUUACAAUGGACCACAAGAGCCUGUCAGAAACUACAACGGACCUCAGGAGCCUGCAGGUUACAACGGACCACAGGAACAGCUUGGAGGUUACAACGGACCUCAGGAGCCUGCUGGAGGUUACAACGGACCCCAGGAACAACCCAGAGGUUAUAACGGACCCCAGGAGCCUGCUGGAGGUUAUAAUGGGCCCAAGGAGCUUGCUGGAGGUUACAACGGUCCCCAGGAGCCUGCUGGAAGUUAUAACGGACCCCAGGAGCCUGCUGGAGGUUACAACGGUCCCCAGGAGCAGCCUGAAGUUUACGGUCGCGAGCGGAGUCCGUCGGGCGCGCACGGCGGCAAGGCGGCGCCGCAGUACGGGCCGCCGCGGCCGUACCAGUUCCAGUACGGCGUGCAGGCCGGUCCGUACGGCGGCGCCAUGUUCUCGCGCACCGAGAGCAGCGACGGCAGUACGACACGCGGCAGCUACUCGGUGCUGCUGCCGGACGGCCGCACCCAGCAGGUGCACUACGACGCCGACCACCGCGGCUACGGCGGAUACAAGGCGCGCAUCACCUACACGGACGCGCAGAAGGCGUCACAGAAGGGGUACGGCGCCCCACAGCAGCAGCAUCAGCAGCAGCAGGGAUACCAGUAGACAAACAACGUCGUGGUCGCAAAGGAGACGAAGUCAGGUGAUAAUGAUGUAAGCGUAAUAAGUAAUAAGUGGAGGUUGUGAGCGCCACAAGCCAUUGUCGUUGAUGAGCUAAGAAGAUCGUUACUGUCGCAUCAAACUAGAUGUAUUUCGAAGUCUUUCACUCAGUGUUGUCAUAUGAGCUCAGAAACUAAUGCUAGUUGUUAUGAAAUGUUCAUGAACGUGUUGGCGCAUGUGUAUUUCUACGGAAACCGUGUAUAUUUACUGGCUUGUUAAUAAACAGCAAUAUGCAUUUCUAA